AUGGCAUAUGGCAAUAAUCAGUACGCUGGUAUGGGGUAUGGUGAUGAUCAGAACGCUGGUAUGGGGUAUGGCGGUGAUCAGGACGCUGGUAUGGGGUAUGGCGGUGAUCAGGACGCUGGUAUGGGGUAUGGCGGUGAUCAGGACGCUGGUAUGGGGUAUGGCGGUGAUCAGGACACUGGUAUGGGGUAUGGCGGUGAUCUGCAUGCUGAUCUGGCUGGUAUGGGGUAUGGCGGUGAUCAGGACCCUGAUAUGGGGUAUGGCGGUGAUCAGGACCCUUAAAUGGGGUAUGGCGGGGAUCAGGAUGCUGGUAUGG